AUCUUUGAGUGUAGCUGUGUACUGUGUAUUGGAAGUGGCUUGUCAUUUUGUUGUGUUCGUUGAGGUUAGAAUUAAAGAGGGACAAUGCCAGAUUUUCUUGGAGAUGACAUGCGAAAGGUGAAGAAAGAGGAAAAAGAAGAAGAGAAAGAGAUUAAAGCUCUGGAUGAAGGUGAUAUAGCACUUUUGAAGACAUAUGGCCAGGGACAGUAUACAAAAACUAUAAAAGCAGUAGAAGAUGAUAUCCAGACCAUAAUUAAACGUGUCAAUGAGCUAACAGGAAUAAAAGAAUCUGACACAGGUUUAGCAGCUCCAGCAUUGUGGGACUUAGCAGCUGAUAAACAGACGUUGCAGAAUGAACAGCCAUUGCAGGUUGCACGGUGCACAAAAAUCAUAAAUGCUGAUUCAGAUGAUCCAAAAUACAUAAUAAAUGUCAAACAAUUUGCGAAGUUUGUUGUUGAUUUGGCAGAUUCAGUGGCACCUACUGACAUUGAAGAAGGAAUGAGAGUUGGUGUGGAUCGCAACAAAUAUCAAAUUCAUAUACCUUUGCCACCAAAGAUAGAUCCAACAGUCACAAUGAUGCAAGUUGAAGAGAAACCAGAUGUUACAUAUAGCGAUGUUGGAGGAUGCAAAGAACAAAUUGAAAAAUUAAGAGAAGUUGUUGAAACACCACUAUUGCAUCCUGAGAAGUUUGUAAACCUUGGAAUUGAACCACCUAAAGGAGUCCUCCUCUUUGGUCCUCCUGGCACUGGUAAAACAUUAUGUGCAAGGGCUGUUGCAAACAGAACAGAUGCUUGUUUCAUUAGGGUCAUUGGGUCCGAACUUGUACAGAAAUACGUAGGAGAGGGAGCAAGAAUGGUUCGAGAACUGUUUGAAAUGGCACGCAGCAAAAAGGCUUGUCUUAUAUUUUUUGAUGAAAUUGAUGCUAUUGGAGGAGCACGUUUUGAUGAUGGUGCUGGUGGUGAUAAUGAAGUCCAGAGAACUAUGUUGGAACUUAUAAAUCAGUUGGAUGGUUUUGAUCCCAGGGGUAACAUUAAAGUUCUAAUGGCCACGAACAGACCAGACACACUGGAUCCAGCACUUAUGCGACCAGGUAGAUUGGACAGAAAAGUGGAGUUUGGCUUGCCAGACUUGGAAGGACGGACACACAUAUUCAAGAUACAUGCUCGUUCUAUGAGUGUUGAGAGAGAUAUUCGUUUUGAACUACUUGCUCGACUCUGUCCAAACAGCACAGGUGCUGAAAUACGAUCUGUGUGCACAGAAGCUGGAAUGUUUGCAAUCCGAGCAAGAAGAAAAGUUGCAACUGAGAAAGAUUUUCUAGAGGCUGUAAAUAAAGUUAUAAAAUCAUAUGCAAAAUUCUCAGCAACUCCAAGAUAUAUGACAUAUAAUUAAAUUUAUUUUCAGAUUUAAUUUAAAAAUUGUGAUUGUCACUGUGACAAAUAUGUACAUGAUGAUCAGUAAUUCUGAAGUUAUUGUACUGUGUAUGUGUGUAAAAAUAAAAAUUUAUACUUCAGAAAUUUGCA